UCACCUGACCAGGCUCUCACGUGGCUCAGCCCGCUGUAGGGAGAGGUCACCGGCGAGCCAUGGCAGGCCCCAGGCUUUGGUUUCCGCUGCUGCUGGCGGCAGCGUUCGCGACCUGGGCAACGGCCCUAUGGCCCUGGCCCCAGUACAUCCAAACCUCCCACCGGUACUACAACCUUUCGCCCUACAAAUUCCAAUUUCGGUACCACUCCAGGUCCGCCGCGCAGCCGGGCUGCUCUGUUCUCGAUGAGGCCUUCCUACGCUACCGCAAAGUGCUCUUCGGUUCGGGUCCUUGGCCCAGUCCUAACUUAUCAGAAAAACAGGAGAAAAUAAAGAAGAACAAGUUGGUUGUCUCUGUGAGCACAGCGGGAUGUACUGACUUUCCUACUUUGGAGUCACUGGAGAACUACACCCUGACCAUAAAUGAUAAGCGGAUUUUACUCGUCGCUCAUAGUGUCUGGGGAGCUCUCCGAGGCCUGGAGACUUUUAGCCAGGUGGUUUGGAGAUCGUCUGAUGGCGCGUUCUUUGUCAACAAGACGAAGAUUGAGGACUUUCCUCGCUUCCCUCACCGGGGUUUGCUGUUGGAUACAUCUCGACAUUACCUGCCACUGUUUAGCAUACUGGACACACUGGAUGUCAUGGCAUACAAUAAAUUCAACGUGUUCCACUGGCAUAUUGUAGAUGACUCUUCCUUCCCAUAUGAGAGCACCACUUUUCCAGAGCUCACCAGAAAGGGGGCCUACAACCCUGUCACCCACAUCUAUACAACACAGGAUGUGAAGGAGGUAAUUGAAUAUGCUCGGCUUCGGGGUAUCCGUGUGCUGGUAGAAUUUGAUACUCCUGGCCACACUUUGUCCUGGGGACCAGGUAUCCCAGGGUUAUUGACUCCUUGCUACUCUGAGUCUCGGCCCUCUGGCACCUUUGGACCAGUGAACCCCAGUCUCAACAAUACCUAUGAGUUCAUGAGCACAUUAUUCCUGGAGAUCAGCUCUGUCUUCCCAGAUUUUUAUCUUCACCUUGGAGGAGAUGAGGUUGAUUUCACCUGCUGGAGAUCCAACCCAGAUAUCCAAGCCUUCAUGAAGAAGAAGGGCUUUGGUGAUGACUUCAAGCAGCUGGAGUCUUUCUACAUCCAGACGCUGCUGGACAUCGUCUCUGCUUAUGGCAAGGGCUAUGUGGUGUGGCAGGAAGUGUUUGAUAAUAAAGUAAAGAUUCGGCCAGACACCAUCAUACAGGUAUGGCAAGAAGAGUUACCAGUAAACUACAUGAAGGAGUUGGAUCUGAUCACUAAGGCUGGCUUCCGGGCCCUACUUUCUGCCCCCUGGUACCUAAACCGUAUAACUUAUGGCCCUGACUGGAAGGACUUCUAUAAAGUGGAGCCCCUGGAUUUUAAAGGUACCCCUGAGCAGAAGGCUCUGGUGAUUGGUGGAGAGGCCUGUAUGUGGGGAGAGUAUGUGGACAGUACAAACCUGGUCCCCAGGCUCUGGCCCAGAGCAGGGGCUGUUUCUGAAAGGCUAUGGAGCAAGAGUUCAAUGACUGAUGUGAAGUUUGCCUUUCAACGUUUGUCACACUUCCGCUGUGAAUUGCUGAGGCGAGGUGUCCAGGCCCAGCCCCUCAACAUAGGCUACUGUGAACAGGAGUUUGAGUAGACCUGAAGCAGCAGCCCCAGGCACCAAGGAGGGUGCUGGCCCUAGGAGAGCAGUAGUGGGGCCAGGCUUCCACUGCAUCCUGGCCGGGGGAAGGAGCCCCUUGCCCACGUGCCCCUGUGCCUGGAGAGAAGAGGGUCAGUGCUGGCACUGGUGUUCAAUAAAGAGUGGUGUGUCAUUUUUCUAUAUGCAAUGUGGAUUAUCUGUGUAAAAAGAAAAGGGGGAAAAAAAGUGAAUGGCCCUAGGGUAAGGGAGCAUCCAGGACUAGCCUCUUAAGAGCAAUAGAGCUCAGCAGGGCCCAGCCAGGUUGGGGUCAGGACCUGCCCCUUGAAGGGUCUUAAAGUUGAGGGCUGGGAAUGAGAUCUGUCGUCUUUCUACUGCUCUGCUUGGCCUAUGAGUUACGUCAAUCCUUUCCCACCCCCCAUUCUCAGCCUGGUCACUUCACUUCUGUGUCACCACCUCCAAGGUUUUUUAAUAUAUGGGGCCUGAAGUAGUGGUGGGCAGAAGCAAGGGCUGCAGCCAUACCCUUCUCCCCAGGCAGACUCACUUCCCUGUCCUGAAGCUGCUACUCUGCCUUGGGUUUCUUGCAACUUCAAUUUCAUUUAACCACUAUUUAAUGUUAUUGAGCCCAUAUUGUGGUCCAAACACUUUGAAAAGUUAUUUAAUUUAAAGGAUUUGUUCCUCAAAGGCCCUUGUUAACUCCAAAAUGAUGUAGAUUCCAACUCCUUCUUUCUACCCUGUUUUUAUUUAGCCCAUAGCAUCUUCCCAGGAAAUGGAUAGUACAGUUGUCCCUAAGGGGCAAGAAUAUGGGCACAUGGCUCUGGAAGAAGGAUUUUGCACACGUGACCUGUUUUUUCUCUAGAUUUCUCACUGUGGAUCAGACUGCCCACUGGUGGUUUCCUGUACAGUGACAACAUAAUCUGAAAGCUGGGGCAAUGGUGGGCAGAAAUCCUUGAGAUUUCUUUGGACCUAUUCAGUUCUUUUGCCUCCCAGGCUGGGAAGACAAUGGAGAAGUUCCAGGCAUUUCUUUCCAAAAGCUUCCAGUGUGGUAGAUACAGAAGCUCAGGGAAGGUAGGAGUGAGAAGGGAUCUGAGCACCAACCUAUAGUUCCUCAAUCAUGUUCUUUGGGGGGGAUCUGAUUGGAGGUAAGCCAGCUCUGACUCUUGUGCUUUUUCUGCAGGGAAAGGGUGACCAAUUUCUAUUAACAUAAUUCUCUUGGAAUUUUCACUGUUAAGCCUAAUCAAGUCUAAGAUUCUAGUCUAGAGAGCCAUAGGCUAAGGCUCCACACCUAAGGAGCCUCCUUACCACUAAUAUUCAGAAAACUGGGGUGGCCCCAGGGAAGGACCCUGUAGAAACGCUGCUACUCUUCAAAUCCCCCUGCUUCUCUCCUGAUUAUAACUAUAGUGCUCCUAUUUUUUGGAAUAAUGUUCAAUAAAAUGAGCAGAUACUA